AUGAAUCCCUUUGAAUUAACCAUCUCUUCCAACAAUUCAUCAUCACCAACCACGAAUUCAACAACGAGCUCAUGUCCCGAAGUGGACCCUUCUGGUCUUCAAUACAUUAAAUGGAUUUAUAUUAUUUUCGGAGAAUGUGUUCAUUCGAGUUGGGAACAAGCUUCAUUCUAUGUAGGAAUGGCUAGCCUAUUCUUUUGGAUGAUUGCAUUAUUUCCUCAAAUUAUUGCAAAUUUUAGAAAUAAGAGUGCCUCUUCUUUGGCUCUUGGAUAUUUAAUACAAUCGACGAUUGGAGAUUCUUGCAAUUUUCUUGCUUGUAUUUUGUCGGGACAAUUAAUGACACAAAUAUUCGUAGCUGGAUAUUUUGUUUUAAUUGAUAUCGUUGUGAUUGGACAAUACUUUUCUACAAGUUGA